AUGCACAUUAUUAUGUACAGUAUGCACAUUAUUAUGUACAGUAUGCACAGUAUUAUGCACAGUAUCAUGCACAUUAUUAUGUACAGUAUGCACAUUAUUAUGUACAGUAUGCACAAAAUUAUGUACAGUAUUAUGCACAGUAUUAUGUAUAGUAUGCACAGUAUUAUGUACAGUAUUAUUAUAAUGCACAUUAUUAUGUACAGUAUGCACAUUAUUAUGUACAGUAUGCACAGUAUUAUGUACAGUAUGCACAGUAUUAUGCACAGUAUCAUGCACAUUAUUAUGUACAGUAUGCACAUUAUUAUGUACAGUAUGCACAAAAUUAUGUACAGUAUUAUGCACAGUAUUAUGUAUAGUAUGCACAGUAUUAUGUACAGUAUUAUUAUGCACAGUAUUAUGUACAGUUUUAUGCACAGUAUUAUGCACAGUAUUAUGCACAUUAUUAUGUACAGUAUGCACAUUAUUAUGUACAGUAUGCACAGUAUUAUGCACAGUAUCAUGCACAUUAUUAUGUACAGUAUGCACAUUAUUAUGUACAGUAUUCACAGUAUCAUGCACAGUAUCAUGCACAUUAUUAUGUACAGUAUGCACAUUAUUAUGUACAGUAUGCACAAUAGUAUGUACAGUAUUAUGCACAGUAUUAUGUAUAGUAUGCACAGUAUUAUGUACAGUAGUAUGCACAGUAUUAUGCACAGUAGUAUGCACAGUAUUAUGCACAGUAUUAUGUACAGUAUGCACAGUAUUAUGUACAGUAUUAUGCACAGUAUUAUGCACAUUAUUAUGUACAGUAUGCACAUUAUUAUGUACAGUAUGCACAGUAUCAUGCACAUUAUUAUGUACAGUAUGCACAUUAUUAUGUACAGUAUGCACAAUAUUAUGUACAGUAUUAUGCACAGUAUUAUGUAUAGUAUACACAGUAUUAUGUACAGUAUUAUGUACAGUAGUAUGCACUGUAUUAUGUACAGUAUGCACAGUAUUAUGUACAGUAUUAUGCACAGUACUAUGCACAUUAUUAUGUACAGUAUGCACAUUAUUAUGUACAGUAUGCACAGUAUUAUGCACAGUAUCAUGCACAUUAUUAUGUACAGUAUGCACAGUAUUAUGCACAGUAUCAUGCGCAUUAUUAUGUACAGUAUGCACAGUAUUAUGCACAGUAUCAUGCACAUUAUUAUGUACAGUAUGCACAGUAUUAUGCACAGUAUCAUGCACAUUAUUAUGUACAGUAUGCACAUUAUUAUGUACAGUAUGCACAAUAUUAUGUACAGUAUUAUGUACAGUAGUAUGUACAGUAUUAUGCACAGUAUUAUGUAUAGUAUUAUGCACAGUAUCAUGCACAUUAUUAUGUACAGUAUGCACAUUAUUAUGUACAGUAUGCACAAUAUUAUGUACAGUAUUAUGCACAGUAUUAUGUAUAGUAUGCACAGUAUUAUGCACAGUAUUAUGCACAUUAUUAUGUACAGAAUGCACAUUAUUAUGUACAGUAUUAUCUGGGACGACAGCAGCUCGGUGAGCAGCGGCCUGAGCGACACCUUGGACAACAUCAGCACCGACGACCUGAACACGCCCGCCUACCCCUCGGUCAGCUCGCCCCGCAAAAGCAGGGGCGCCCAGUCGCAGAGAGGAAGUAAGUCCAAGCAUGCCGAGCAGGAGGUAAGCAGCAGCUGGGCUGGAGCCGAAGACCUAAAGAAGGUGGACGUGGAACUCGACGCGAACAUGGACCCCAACGGCGCCUCCUCCCGCUGGAAGUCCUCAUCGUCCUCCCAAGCCCACAGCCAGUAUGAGGAGGCCGGUCAGAAAGCCACAGCGCUGGCCCAAAUAUCCCAGACCGGGUCAUUGAGAAGGGGCAUGACCGCCCAGGUGGGCAUCACACCACCUCGGACCAAGGGCACCUCCUCCCAUAAAACACCUGGCAAGACUGAUGAUGCCAAGGCUUCGGAGAAAGGCAAAGUGCCCUCCAAGAGCGCUUCUGGCAUCCAGCGCUCCCCGUCAGACGCUGGCAAGAGCAGCGGAGACGAAGGCAAGAAACCCCCGUCUGGGAUUGGACGCCCCCCCACCACGGGUUCUUUUGGAUACAAGAAGAUCCCUGGUGCCUCUGGGACUCUGGUCACCUCCAGUGGUGCCACGCUCUCCAGUGGCUCCGCCACUCUGGGAAAGGCCCCCAAAUCCUCAGCUGCCCUUGGCAAGAGCGCAGGCGUCGGUGGGGUGCGGAAGACCAGCCUUGAUGGCUCGCAGCCUCAAGACGACGGCAUCCUGCUCACCUGCGGGGGCUCCAAAGUGCCCCUCCAGUACCGCUCUCUGCCCAGACCGGCUAAAUCCUCCAACGUCAGCGGCAAAUCGGUCAGCGGUGGGACGGCGGCCGGAGCCAAGCGCAGGGACGGCGGCAAGGUGGGCUCCGGCGACCGCUCCAGUCCCAUCAACAUGAACCAGACGGACAAGGAGAAAGUGACGGUAACGGAGCAGGAUCCGGGUCCCAGCCCGACGUCCUCUUCAACGGGGCAGACGGGCCUCAGGCAACCGGGCUCCAAAUACCCCGACAUUGCCUCGCCCACCUUCCGCAGAUUAUUUGGCACCAAAGCCAGCAGCAAGGCCAGCUCGCCGGGCACGCCCGACUCUGGCAAGUGCCCCUCGACCCUGGGCAGCCCGCACGGUGCGCUGGCGAGGCAGGCCAGUCUGGAAUCGCCCUCUUCCGGCACCGGGAGCCUGGGCAGCGCCAGCGGGCCGAGCGGCGGCAGCAGCCCGCUGUACGGUAAAACCCCCGACCCGUGCGGCGAGUCCGUGGCUUCCAGCCCGGCCUCUGGCCUCUCGCUGCCUUCCAACGCUCGGCCCUGGCCCGCCUGUAGCUCGUCGGCCGGCAGCAAGGACACUCUGAGCUGCCAGAGCAUGAGCAGUCUGCACACCAGCUCUGAGUCCAUUGAUCUGCCUCUGGGCCACCACGGGCCAAAGGUUACCAGAACCGGCAGUGUCAAGUCCACCCUGUCUGAGGGCAUGCCUCUCGACAGAAACACGCUACCCAAAAAGAGACUGAGGUACCCUCCCUCGUCUCGCCAGGCGUCCCACGAAGACGGAAUGGAGUGGCUCAGGUCCCACUCCACAGGGGGCCUUCAGGACACGGGCAGCCCCAUGUCCCCGCCCGGGACCUCCUGCACCACCGCUGGGAAAUACCACUACUCCAACCUGCUCAGCCCCACCAACAUCCUCCACUACAACCUCCCGCCUGGCAGCAGCAACAUGAGUCGCUCCAACAGCAUUCCCGCCCACGACUCCUUUGACCUCUACGGGGAGGGCCACCCCCUGGGGGGCAGCGCCACCUCCCUGGAGGACCGCCCGCGGGCCAUCAGUCGCUCCAACUCUUUUAGAGACAGCACGGAUGAAGUCCACGGCUCUUCGUUGUCUCUGGUCUCCAGCACUUCGUCACUCUACUCCGCAACGGAGGAGAAGGCCCACUCCGAGGGCCAAACAGUCCAAAACUCCACGCAAAUCAGAAAGCUUCGCCGGGAGCUGGACGCGUCUCAGGAGAAGGUCGCGACCCUGACGUCCCAGCUGUCUGCCAACGCGCACCUGGUGGCCGCCUUCGAGAAGAGCCUGAGCAACAUGACGUGUCGCCUGCAGAGCCUCACCAUGACCGCCGAGCAGAAGGAGUCUGAAUUGGUUGAGCUGAGGGAGACCAUAGACUCGCUGAAAACCCAGAACAGCGACGCCCAGACGGCCAUACAGGUGGCGCUCAACGGCCCGGACCACCAGCACAAAGAUCUGCGCAUCAGACGGCAGCACUCGUCGGAGAGCAUGUCGAGCAUCAACAGCGCGGCCAGCCACUCCAGCAUGGGCAGCCUGGGCAAGGACGGCGAGGACAAGAACAAGAAGAAGAAGAAGAACUGGGUGGCUGAUUCCAUCCCAGCUCAGCUGCGCAGCUCCUUCAAGCACGCCUUCAGCAAGAAGAAAACCAAGUCGCAGUCGGCCGUGGACGAGAUGGAGGAGAUGGCCGACAUCUUGCAGUCCUCACCUAAACUGCAGCACGACAACAGGCAGGGCAGCAUCGCCACGCUGCACACCUCACCCUCCGCCACAGAGCUGUGCGAGUGCACGGAGGCUGAGGCCGAAAUCAUCCUCCAGCUGAAGAACGAGCUGAGGGAGAAGGAGCUCAAGCUGACGGACAUCCGCCUGGAGGCGCUAAGCUCCGCCCACCACCUGGACCAGAUCCGGGAGGCUAUGAAUCGCAUGCAGAACGAGAUCGAGACGUUAAAAGCGGAGAACGACCGCCUCAAGUCCAGCGGCAACGCCACGCCGACGGCCACGCCCGUCAAGACGGCCCGGCCGCCCUCCGAGACCUCCAGCACGUCCUCGUCCUCCUCCCGUCAGUCCUUGGGCCUGUCCCUCAACAACCUCAACAUCACCGACACCAUCAUGUCAGAUAUUCUGCUAGACGACAGCUACGAGGGAAACCUGCGCAAGGAAGGUCGCAGUGUGCGGAUCGUGGUUCACAUCAACAGUGGACCAAGUAGAACCAUGGGCACGCAAAUGCGGGAGUACUUGAUUGGCUCGAUAGGCGUGAGUGGGAAGACCAAGUGGGACGUCCUGGACGGCGUCAUUAGACGCCUCUUUAAGGAGUACGUGUUCCGGGUGGACCCGGUGACCAGCCUCGGUCUGAGCUCGGACAGCAUCGUCUGCUACAGGAUGGGCGAGGUGGUCCGCGCCCACUCCUCCGAAGUGCCCGAGCUGCUGCCCUGCGGCUACCUGGUGGGCGACAACGUCAUCAAGAUCCACCUGAAAGGCGUGAAGGACAACAGUGUUGACAGUCUGGUGUUCGACACGCUCAUCCCCAAGCCCAUCAUCCAGCGGUACCUCAACCUGCUGAUGGAGCACCGCCGCAUCAUCCUGUCGGGGCCGAGCGGCACCGGCAAGUCCUUCCUGGCCGCCAAGCUGGCCGAGUUCAUGGUUUCCCAGAUGGGCCAGGAGGUGACGGAGCACAACGUGGCCCGCUUCAACGUGGACCAGAACUCCAGCAAGGAUCUCCGUCAGUACCUGUCCAACCUGGCGGAGCGCUGCAAUUCCUCGGGGACGGACACAAAACUUCCCAGCGUGGUCAUUCUGGACAACCUCCAUCAUGUUGGCUCACUCAGCGACAUAUUUAAUGGCUUCCUCAACUGCAAGUAUCAUAAAUGCCCCUAUGUGAUUGGGACCAUGAACCAGGGGGUCUCCUCCUCCCCCAACCUGGAGCUGCAUCACAACUUCAGGUGGGUGCUGUGUACCAACCACACGGAGCCCGUCAAAGGCUUCCUGGGCCGGUUCCUGCGGAGGAAGCUGAUCGAGACGGAGCUCGCCAAGAACACGCGCAGCAACGAGCUGAUCAAGACCAUCGACUGGAUCCCCAAGACGUGGCUGCACCUCAACUGCUUCCUGGAGGCGCACAGCUCCUCCGACGUCACGAUAGGUCCCCGGCUCUUCCUGUCCUGUCCCAUGGAUGUAGAAGGAUCCCGGGUGUGGUUCACUGACCUGUGGAAUUACUCACUCGUGCCCUACCUGCUGGAGGCUGUCAGGGAAGGACUGCAGCUGUACGGCAAGCGGGCGGCGUGGGAAGACCCGUCCAAGUGGGUGAGCGACACGUACCCGUGGAAAGGCGCCUCGCUGCAGCAGGAGGGUCAAUCGCUGCUCCAGCUGAGGCCCGAGGACGUGGGCUACGAGGGCUACAGCUCGUCCAAGGAGGGCGCCUCGUCCAAGCAGGUGUCCCAGAGCGACACCGAGGGGGACCCCCUGAUGAACAUGCUGCUGAGGCUGCAGGAGGCGGCCAACUAUUCCAGCACGCAGAGCUGCGACAGCGACAGCACCGGUCACCAUGACGACCAGCUGGACUCCUCGCUGGAGUCGGCGUUAUGAGGCGCCAAGUAGCGCUCUCCGCUCUGCAUCUGUGAGGCAAAGUCCCAGGUGACAUGAUAUCAUACAGAUACAUGAUAUCGUACAGGUGACAUGAUAUCGUACAGGUAUUUGCAAGUGGAACAUGUUUACAGGAGGAGGGCAGGUACUAUUCUUCAUGUUUACACAGGUGCUUCUCACACGCAUGCACUUAAAGACAGGAAGGAAGGUGUUCAUUGGUCCAAAUCCCCGCCCCCAUGUGACCCUUUGAGCAAGACAUGAUCGCUCUGAUGUGAGGAGUGUUUAUCCGACCUAGAUGAAUAUUGAUAGUAAGUAGUAAGAUGUGUGCUACAGGUGCGCUCCUGUGUGACAUGCCCCUUACCAAACAUGCAACAACACCCGCUGUGCCGUAAACAUUAUCGUUUGGACUGUCGGGGUUAUUUUAAAAUACAUUUUCUGACGAGUGAUGUCAUCCAGACGCUGUGCUGCAAAACAAAAUGCUCUAUUAUAUUUUAAUUUCAAGUAAAUCAUUGACAGAAAAUUCCAAUUAUUUCAAACUGAUCAUAUAUUUUUUCCUCUAUUUAUUUAUUUUUUACAAAAAUCAAUUCCCAUACAUGAUUUUCAAUGUGUAUCAUAUUUGACACAUCGGGUCACACAAUACUAUUUUCUUUUCUUUUUUUCAUAACAAACCAAAACAAUACGACACGCAGAAGUAUCCAUCAUGUUAUUUCCAGACAUCAAAAUAUCACAACACACACACCGAGUGUUCGCCACAAAAUAGUACAGUAAAUAUGUAUAUUCACCUCUAAAUAUACCAUAUUGUGUCAUGUAAACAUUGUAUUUAUUUGAAACUUCUAAUUUAUAAUGCAUAAAAUGUAAUAAAAUACCAAUUGACUAAUUUAGAGUUACAUUACCUUUUAUACCUGAUGUUUCAAAUUUGAUACACACAUUUUCAACGCCGUUUUACUAUAAAAUAUAUUAUGAAAUUAUAAGUAAUUUAAUGGAUUAACUGUUUGUACUGAUGUGUCAGUAAAAAAAAAAAAAAAAGUCUUACCUUUUCCCUUUCAAAUUUGGUAAAGUUUCUCUUCAAAAAUCAGGUGUUUCUCGUUUCUUCUUUGUGGCAAUCUCACUGGACGGCCCUCUAAAAAGUCAAUUACUGCCCUCGUGUGGAUUAUACGUGUAAUGCAUGCAUCUGAUCUGAUACGUCAGACUUUUUGGGGAAAAACUGAUUACACUGAUGAUGUAGAGGGCUCAAUAAUAUUUAUGUAUCACUUAUGAUACGUUGGGUGUUACAGCGUUAAAGUAUUAACAUGUUAUUAUUCGUAACCACCCACCUUGUCAAUAUCUCCCCAAAUGUGUGUCCUGCAAAAAUAUUUUGUGUAACGAUUUUAAUUGUCAUGUUAUGGGGCUGGUUAUGAAUAAUAACACGUUAGGAACAGAAAAUUAUAUUUUUUUUUAACGUUAAUAACGUGAAAUCUGUAAUAGUUAGACAAAAACAUUUUGCAGCACAAAUGUUUGGGACAGUUUUUGGAGAGUUUUUUUUUUAGUUAUUAUUUUAACGUAAGUGCCCAGAAAAGCACCUUAUAAGUAAAAUACAUUUUUAUUAUACUUUUUCAAAUUGUCUUGUAAUCAGACCAUA